GUGCGCCCAGCGAAGCGGCGAAAGCUACCCCCCUCCGGUAGCAGGCAGCUCUCUAACCGUCCUUUGGCCCUGAAACCGCUUUCAGGACUACCGUACAGCGGAUACGAUGCCAAAAUCUGCUACAGCGAUGACAGCAGCGAAUAUCGCUCGCACAAGCAUAAGCGGAAGCGCAUUCAGGACACUGCGAACGACGACGACGACGAAUAUGAGGUAGAGAAGAUUCUCAAUGCCCGUGUCCAUCGCAGAAAGCUACAGUACCGUGUCAAAUGGCUAGGAUAUGAGGAGGAUCUAGAGUGGUACGAUGCGUCUAACUUCAAGAAUAGCCUGCACAGACUC